AUGGAGUGCAGCGAUUCCCCUCUGCUAGACACUCUGAAGCAGCAUGCUCAAGAAGAAUUUCCGGACGCUUUCGAAGCAGUCAGACAUACAGAUCUUUACAAUUUCAGUACACUAGACAUUGAGGGAGAAGAGCGAGACGUGCUCUUCAUUGGCAUAGUCUGCCCCACCGCCGGCGUCAGCAUUAAUACGUUCAAGCCACUGUAUGCGCAUACACGAGGCGGAUCUAUACAGUACUACUUUUUGCAAUCAGAAGAGCUGCCCCUCGUUCGAUUCGACCUGGACCUGUUCCCGCACACUGGCAGGACACGAUAUCGGCAUGACAACUUGGAUCCCUUCAAAUACAUCGCUCCCACAGCGAAUAAAGCUGGGUCCGAAAAAGGACGACUCGAGGACCGCAAGGCUAAGACCGUCGGAGUUGCAUUUCUCGUGAGAUUUGCUUUCUUGUUGACAGGACGUACCAACAACAUCGCAGAUGAAGGUCAGACAGAGUUGGUGAGACAGCUUGAGAAAGUUUGCGCCACGAUUCGCCGUAACAAGGCCAAAGAAGAAAUUGAAGCUCAGUCGAUGAUUGAAGUGGAAGACGAUAGGGUUGAGACAUCGACACCAAGCCAGCGCGACCAACCCUCUGUUCCUUGUAGCCCAAAGACUCGCGCCCGACCAAAUCGGACUAUCCAUACAAGGGAGAGCGCGAGCAAAGCAGAGUACAGAGGCCCGACAAAGCGUGCGCGUCGUGAAGAAGACACACAGCCACCCUCGGAGAAGGUUGGUCUAAGCUGGUUCAAUGAUUCAGACCCACCUGAGCUUGUCGAGAAGCUCGAGACACAGACACAAGAUGUCAUGGACACAAUCUUUUCGGUCUGCAAAGCCAGAGCAGAGAAUGAAGUAGCUCGGGACCUCAGAGCGCUGAAGGCGGAGAUCGAAGGCCUCAAAGCCGAGCUCGUCGAAAGUCGGCAUUGCACCAAGGAGAUGAUGGACAAGAACGACGAGCUUGAGGCCAAGAACCGCGAAGACAUCGAACAGCUGGAAGCGCAGCUUGUGAAGGAGAAGAUCAAGACACUGAACGAGACAGAUAAAUAUAACGAGCAGAGGAAGGAGUAUCGGAAUCUACAGGAGAAGUACAAGGCGAUAGAGACCGUUCGUAAGGCGGACAACCGCACUUGA